AUGCCAUUGCAAGAUUCAAGCUACAGGGAUUUUCAUGCUAGUGUAUGGGAGUACAAUCCUUGUUAUGGCGGAUUUUCUACCGCCGUCAAAUGUUUCAGUAGCUUCGUAUAUUUUAGUCGUCAUAAGUUCUGGCUCGUUAUUGUUGACGAGUGUUUCUUCUUAUCACAGGAUUACCCGUUCGAAAAACCAACGGACUAUGUGGCGAUGAAGUUAUGGCAGUCACUUCUGAGUGAUGACGGACAUUAUAUCGAGUACAUUCAGAAAGAGUACUCGUGUUGCGGUGUAGAAGAGUACACCGACUGGUACUUCAUUGAAAAGUACAACAGGAGUGCGAACCUCCUACCGACGUCUUGCUGUUCCAUGAAAGUGGAAAUGGAAUGUAAAACAUCAGAUAAUUUGUAUUAUAAAUCGUUAGUCAUUUAA